ACUCAACCAUAUUAUGGUGAUCUUCCUCUGUCUGUAACAGGGAAGAGACUGGAGAGACAGAUAACAAGAAGGGGGUAAUUAAGAGAUGUAUAUUUUCACCAGUUUAUUGUGUCUUGUUCUCAUCCUUUGUAUCUCAAUUCAAGCCUUCAAUUCAUUUGCAAAUCGGCCCAGAACCAAAAAUCUACUUCCACCUGGUCCAAAACCUCUUCCCAUCAUAGGAAACCUGUUGGAGCUCGGUGACAAACCCCACAAGUCCUUGGCCAGGCUUUCCCAGACUUAUGGUCCGAUUAUGAGUCUUAAACUCGGCCAACUAACGUCAAUUGUCGUUUCCUCACCAACCAUGGCUAAGGAAGUCUUACAAACACACAGCCAGUUCUUCUCCAACCGAACAAUCUCAGACGCAGCCCGCGCCUCCAAACACUGCGAGUUCAGCAUGAUUUUUUUACCCGUCUCAACUUCAUGGAGAGACCUACGGAAAAUACUCAACGUCCACUUGCUUGCCAGCAAGGUUCUUGAUGCCAACAUGAAUCUGAGGCACAACAAGGUACAAGAGCUCCUAUGUGAUCUCAGAAAUAGUGCUGAGGCCGGUGAGGCGGUGGAAAUUGGAAACGCUGCUUUCAAAGCUUCUUUAAGUCUGUUGUCCACCACCUUUUUCUCUAUGGAUUUAGCUGAUCCGAAUUCCAACAAUGUAAGAGAGCUAAGGAAGACCGUUUGUAGUACUCUUGAAGAGUUGGGAAAACCGAAUCUCACAGACUAUUUCCCGUUUCUUAGGUGGAUUGAUCCCCAAGGCAUUAGGAGGCGCACCAAUGUUCACUUCCGAAAAAUGCUGGACUUGUUUGAUCAUAUCAUCAACCAAAGGUUGCAACUCAGGGAAAUGGGUGAUUCUGUGAAAGAAAAUGAUAUAUUGGACACUCUUAUCAACAUGAUGGUGAUCAAUGAAGAGAAGAAAGAAAAUGAUCACCUAAACAAAACCACACUUGAACAUUUCUUGAUGGAUAUAUUUGAAGCCGGCACUGAAACAGCUUCAUCCACAUUGGAGUGGUCAAUGGCUGAGCUACUAAAAGCCCCAGAGAUCAUGUCAAAAGCCCAAGCAGAGCUAGAGCAAGUUAUUGGCAAAGGAAACCAAGUGAAAGAAUCAGACAUAGCUCGGCUUCCUUACUUGCAAGCCAUUGUCAAAGAAACCUUCCGCUUGCAUCCUGCAGCCCCAUUAUUGGUUCCUCGCAAAGCUGAGAGUGAAGUUGAAGUCUGUGGGUAUACCAUCCCGAAGGAUUCUCAAGUGCUAGUCAAUUUAUGGGCCAUGGGAAGAGACCCCAACAUCUGGGAAAAUCCCCACAAGUUUAUGCCGGAGAGAUUCUUGAAAUUGAACAUAGAUGUUUUAGGCCACGAUUUUGAGCUCAUUCCCUUUGGUGCCGGGCGGAGAAUAUGUCCCGGGUUGCCAUUGGCAAUGCGAAUGUUGCACUUGAUGUUGGGUUCUUUGCUUCACUCCUUUGAUUGGAAGUUGGAGGAUGGGGUUAACCCGGAAACUUUGAACAUGGAAGGCAAGUUCGGGAUCACCUUACAAAUGGCUCAGCCUUUGCGAGCACUCCCUAUGGCGCCAUGACCAAUUGCUUCCUCAUGAAAACUUUCGUGGGAUACAUGUUACGUAUCAUGUAUUUCAUUGUCUAUACCGUGUUGCUACCAUUUUGGAAAAAAAAAAAUGAUGAUGGAUUGAUGGUGUUAAUUAUAAUAAUACUAUUACGAGAGUAAAAGUUUGUGUCAUGUAAAACCACAUAUAAAUGAAGAUAUUAGACUAAUAAACCUUGUAAAUCUGCUUGAUGAAGAGAGCAAAUACUGGAUUUGUUAUUUCGAUCAUAUCAUCUUGCUGCGUACGUCAGUUUCCUUGCAAUUUCAAUGUAUCAUCA